UGAAUCUCCAUGGCAAUGACCCUAAUCAGUGAGAGGGGGAAUGCAGGGGACGCAUGCUCAGUAUGGCUGCAGUGGUUCCCUUAGCUGCUUGCUACUGCCAUUUCCAAGGUUCUGUCACAAAAGACAGAGGAAGAUCAGGCACUUAGCAAAAUAGUAGUUUGGGCUGGGAAGGAAGCUUUAAUUCUUGAUGAUAAUAAUGGCGUCUCCUUCUGUCUGGAGAGCGAUGUGGAUGGCAAUCCAGUUAAUUUCAGUGGUUGGCCUAUUGAGUGUGAAGCUGGUCGGGGCCAGUCAAGAAUCUGGGAGUGUCAUUCCAGCAGAAAGUCGUCCCUGCGUCGACUGCCAUGCGUUUGAAUUCAUGCAGAGGGCCCUGCAGGAUUUAAAGAAGACUGCGUACAAUCUAGACACACGGCAAUUUUUUGUAGGAUUCCUUUUUGAUUGUCAGUCACCACUCAGCAACGGCUGUUACCAGGACAGCAGCAGAAGGUGGAAAGUGGAGAGAGACAGUAUAGCAGCACUGACAAAAGGGAAUGGGAGCACAAAGGAGGAGGAAAAGCUUACGUGGUGUCACAUUUGCACCCAUCAUUGGUGCCAGCUCACAAUAAACCAGCUUAAACAGCUCACAUGGGUGCAAAAGCAUUCUGAUUGCUUUGCCGAUGGCAUGGUCAGACAGAAACCCUCCUCCUGAGAGCAGAAAAGAGAGGCCUAUGUGAUUGCUUUCCUGCGAUGCACUGAAAUGAGCACUGGGACAUGGCCAAUGGACAUUAUUCAUUUUAAAAAUGCUAUUGAAUAAACUACGGACAGAUUUAUUGA